CUGCCCCACACCCCGCCCCCUAAAGCCUUGGUCCCCACCCCUAGAAGACAGCGGAACUGAAAAAAGAAGAGGCCUUCAGACAGAAGAGUCAUGUCGGACUCCCUGGUGGUGUGCGAGGUGGAUCCAGAGCUAAAGGAAAAGCUGAGGAAAUUUCGCUUCCGAAAAGAGACGGACAAUGCGGCCAUCAUAAUGAAGGUGGACAAAGACCGGCAGAUGGUGGUGCUGGAGGAAGAGUUUCAGAACAUUUCUCCAGAGGAACUAAAAACAGAGCUGCCUGAGAGACAGCCGAGGUUCGUGGUUUACAGCUACAAGUACGUGCAUGAGGACGGCCGGGUGUCCUACCCCCUGUGUUUCAUCUUCUCCAGCCCCGUGGGCUGCAAGCCUGAACAACAGAUGAUGUAUGCGGGGAGUAAAAACAGAUUGGUGCAGACUGCAGAGCUCACGAAGGUGUUUGAAAUCCGGACCACUGAGGACCUCACCGAGGCCUGGCUCCGAGAGAAGUUGUCUUUCUUUCGUUGACCUCUGGGCUGGGGACCUGAAUUCCUGAUGUCGGAAUCCCUGAAGAAACUGCGGACUCGGACCACUAAGGACCUGAACAUCUGAGACCCUGAAGAAAUUAAAAUGCAAGAACUCCGAGA